ACGUGCUCGAUGAUGCCUCUCUGAUACUGUGGGAGGAAAAGUUGGGGACCAGCGAAUGUCAUCUUGUUUUUGAAACGACCGUGUGGCUUUCACGCAUCUUUCUUUUCUCUUAGCUUGCAGUGUUAGUUUUGUUUUGUCUUCAUUUAAAGGCAACACCGGCUGUGACAGUCAGCAAUCCGCUUCCCGGUUUUUCCAUUAACGGUCAAACAUCUGAACAUCUUUUCAGCAGCGUUUGGUUGUUUAUUCCAGAGCUCCAGUUUACGGGUGUUAAAGUGAUAUAUUGAUUCGUGAAGAUGACGGGUAAAUCAGUGAAAGACAUUGACCGCUUUCAGGCUGUACUUACAUCCCUGCUCGCGUUAGAGGAAAACAAGUUUUGCGCUGAUUGUCACGCCAAAGGUCCCAGAUGGGCAUCCUGGAAUCUUGGAAUCUUCAUUUGUAUCCGCUGUGCUGGAAUCCACAGGAAUCUUGGUGUGCACAUAUCACGAGUUAAAUCUGUAAACUUGGACCAAUGGACUCACGAUCAGAUUCAGUCUGUUCAGGAGAUGGGGAACGCCAAAGCGCGACGACUAUAUGAGGCCUUUUUACCAGAGUGCUUCCAGCGCCCAGAAACAGACCAAGCUGCUGAGAUUUUUAUACGAGACAAAUAUGAUAAGAAGAAAUAUAUUGACAAGUGCAUUGAUAUCCAGUCGUACAGGAGAGAGAAGAGUGAAACAGUAACAAAAGAGGCUCCUGUUGUUUUUGAAAAGAUGAAGCUGAAAAAGGAUGAGUCGCAACAAUUCAAAAACAGCCCAAAGAAACAGUCACAGUCUGUUAAUGACCUAUUAGGACUAGAUGCUCCAGUUCUUCGAGCUCCUUUGUCCAAUAGCAAGCCAAGCGCUGAACUUAGCCCUGCCCUCGACCUCUUUAGCUCUCUGCCUGCUGCUGUCAGCAGUUCAAAUUCAGCCAGAAGCAUGCCUAGUUCAGGGUCAAUGCCCACUGGGCGAGUAGCAGCAUCAGUGCCCGAGAACCUCAGCCUGUUUUUGAACCCGCCCACUAAACGUGAAGACAGUGGCAAGAAGAUGUCCAAGGACUUGAUCCUGUCCUUGUACAGCAGUGCAACUCCACAAACCAACAUGGCCACUCGUGGUGAGAUUAAAGCAACUGGCAUGUACAUGGGUGCAACACAUAUGGGCUACAUCCCUGCUGCAGGAUACAGCCAAUACCAGGGCCUUGGUGCCCAGCAGGCCAUGAUAGGGCCUAUCAUGGCUCCACAAAUGAAUGUACUUGGACAGGCAGGUGUCAUGCCGCAAACAGGAGUGGCAGCUGCUCCUCCGUACAUGGCAGGGGUGCAAGGUGGCGUGAUGGGAAUGCAAAAUGGGAUGAUUGGAGGCAUGGCAACAGUUCCUCAGCAGGCAUAUGGAGCACAGCAGGCUCAACAGCUGCAGUGGAACAUCAGCCAGAUGACUCAGCAUAUGGCAGGCAUGAAUUUCUAUGGUGCCAAUAACAUGAUGGGUUACGGGCAGCCCAUGGAUGGGGCAGCUGCUCCCGGUUCAAAUAAUAUGCUCGGGUCACAUGUGUGGAAGUGAUGGUGUCUUAAAGAGAGAACAGUCUGAAUGGGUGGGCUUGGCCGCAACUGACUGACGGCAGAAGGAAGACAGAUUUUAGAAGCAAACACUCUUCUUUGGACACAUUGGGCAGUCGAUUAGAUGAUCGCAACAGAAGUCCCUACCUCCCUCUUUCUCAGAGCCAUUUUCCACAUUCUCCUGCUUGCCUUCCUCAUUUAUGUACUCAGAGAGAGAAUCAAGCACAGUUGCAUUAGCAAGGUGUGGUGUGUAUUACAUAUGCAGCAUAACUCGCAUUUCUGAUGCUCUUCUCAGCUUCAGCGUUCCCACAGUAAACGUUUUUGUAUCAUCUGCUACCGGAUUUGGUUUUCUGUUCUCUUUCAUCAAUGAUCAGUGUUAUGUUCAGUUAAAGUUCACACUAAAAUGGAAAUUAUGUCAUCAUUAUGCACCCUCAUGGGUUUCCAAACCUGUAAUUCUUCUAUAUAAAAACAAAAGUAGAUGUUUGGCAAAAUGACAACCUCUGUCACCAAUUGUUUUUCAUUGUAUGGAAAAAUUAUGCAAUGGAAGUGAAUGGUGACUGAGACUAAUCAGAGAGUAUUUAUCAGAGACGGGCCACUUCUAUUAAAAUGAAUGGGAGAAAUAUGAAUGCCUAUCCAAGGAGCUCUAGCACCAAAUGGUCAACGGAUGUAGAAAGGAAGUCCAGCAUUACAGGUAAAAGAGCCAAUUACCUUUUAAACUGUUAAUCAACUCGAGAAUGCGCUUUAUCUACACAAGCUGGGAAAAUUUAGUUUUUUAGUUUAAAAUUUAAAUUCUCUCACAAUUUACUCACCCUCAUGCCAUCCCAGAAGUGAAUGAUUUUCUUCCUUCUGCAGAACACAAAUUAUGAUUUUUUAGAAGAAUAUUUCUGCUCUGUAGGUCCACAAUGCAAGUGAAUGGGUGCCAAAAUAUUGACGCACCAAACAGCACAUUAAGGCAUCAUAAAAGUAAUCCAUACGACUUGUGUUUUAAUCCAUAUUUUUAGAAGUGAUAUGAUAGGUUUGGACGAGAAACAGAUACAGUACUCUUUUGCUUGACAUUAUUCUCCGUGCCCAGUGGGGCGGUAUGCGUGAAGAAUGUGAAUGUCAUCUGUUUCUCACCCACACCUAUCAUUUAACUUCUUAGGAUAUAGAUUUAACCACUGGAGUUUUAUGAAUUACUUUUAUGCUGAUUUAUGUGAUUUUUGGAGCUUCAGAAUUUUGGCAGCCAUUCAGUUGCAUUGUAUGGACCUACAGAGCUGAGAAAUUAUUCUAAAAAAUCUGUAUUUGUGUUCUGCAGAUGAAAGAAAGGCCUAAACAUCUGGAAUGGCACAAGGGUGUUUAAAUGAUGAGAUAAUUUUUGGGUGAACUAUUCUUUUAAUCUGAGGUAAAGAAGCAUGAUACCAGUGUUGUGAGAUUUGACUGAUUUGACUCCAUUCAAAUGUAUAGGAGCUGCACUGUCAUAACUGGAAAUAGCUUCCCCAGAGUGUUCUCCAAAGAUGACCGCCAAUGGACUGACUUGCUAGAAAGACUUUGGACUAAUAUAUUUCCUUGCAUAUUUUAUGUUCCACCGAAGAUAGAAAGACAUGCGUGUUUGGCACAACAUGAGAGAGAGUAAAUGAUGAGAGAAUUUCCAUAUUUGGGUCAACUACCCCAUUAAGCUGCCCCCCACCCCCCCAAAUCACGUGAUCAUGUUGUUACAUAUGCUGCCUUAGGAGGUAACUAUCUAUGUAGGCAUUGGGUUUUGGAACAAAGCUUAUAUGUCCCAGUUUUAGCAUGCUUUGCAACCAUAAAUGAACACUUGAAUGUGCAUACAGCUAUGCUCAGAAGCCAUUUCAGUUGUGGUGACAUGCCAUAUGUUUGUAAAAGUUAGAACCUGUGUUUUAGAAACUUUAAUACUGGUAGGACAAAAAUGUCCAUUGCUGUGUUGGUAGGUUUGCGAUUUAAGGGGCAAGCCUAUGAAUGAUACUCUUAUAUUUUUUCUCUUUUUAACGCACAGGGUAUAUAGCCAAGUCCCUUCGACUCAAUGUUUUCACACUAAAUCGCAACUCAGGAGAAACAUAGGCUUGGGAGGAUGAGGGUUUUCGCAUCCAUCUCAUAGCUAAACAUUCACAUUCUGCCAAAGAUUUAUUAAAGCUUGGACGUCAGUACGGAUCUUUGGAAUUACAGGUUCUAGGUGGAUAAUCAUGCUCCAUGAUGUAGGUUCAGCCGUUUGUUGUUUGAGUGCAUUGGAGUCUGACCUCAAACACCAGGAGUGACCUGACACUAGUGGUGCACCGAUCAGGAAAUUUUAGAAACUAUGAGAGCACCACACACAGUAGAGAUACUUUUAAAAAUAAGAAAAAUAUAUCCAUCACAAAAUCUAAAACUGCUCCAGUGAGAAAUCAUUAAUAUCUAUGAUUUGUUUUCUGUCUUUGGCAUUUAGUUAAUUAUUAAGCAAAUUGGGUGUACACAAUUUAUAAAUAAAAUGUAAUACAUUCAGGAGCAGAGUGGAUGUGUGAUUCCCUGCGUGCUGCAAAGAGAUCGGCCCUGAUUCUAGGCAUGAUCGGCCGAUCACAGACUUAAAUCCGGGCGUACAUGGUGCAAGUUUUGACGCUCGGGAGGUCGUGAACCCCUGCACACACUUUACGAGUCAGUUUAUCUGAAAAUCGUACAGUUGAGAUCAUACAUGACACAACUUAACGACCUGGUGAAUUCCGGAGCAAUCGCAUGAAUUUUUGCGCUAUUUAUCAUUAGAAGACAUAUAGCCAGAGGACGACAUUGCUUUAAUUCCUCGUAGCUUGCGAUUUAGAAAUAAAAUAGAAGGCUGGCUUUGGGGGCUGCAUUAGUUGAAAACUAAUUUGCAGAUUAAAAAGAGGAUAAUUAUUACAAAUGCUGUCCAACAUUUAACAGAUUCAGGUUUCAAAGGGUGUGAUUUCAUGACUCCAUACAUCAAUUAUAAUGUUAUUGUGCAAAUUCAAGUAUGAUGAGUGAAAAAUAGACCAUGAUGGAAAUUUGAAAACUCUGUCUGUCAGAGUGAUAAAGAUUGUUUUCUAGUGCAACCCGUAUAGCAAAUGAUUUGUUGAAGCUCAGGGAACAGCAUGGCCUUUCUGUAGAAUCAUUCCCACUGAUGUGGUCAUGAAUAUUAUAGGGAAAACACAGUUUUAACACAACCAUUUUCUCAGAAUAUGUAAAAGCUUAAUUAACACUCAGUUUACAUUGAUCGUGUAAGUUGUAACACCUUCUCUUGAUUGGUCUGCUUCAGGUAGAUCGCUCAAACUGGCCCAAAUUUUUUAAACAUUUGUAAAAAAUUAUCAGGAGGUCGUGAGCUGCUUGUAAGCCACUCAGCAAUGCUCGUAAUUCCUCUCAAAUGAUGCGAGCUGCGACCACACGAGAACCCAUGAUUUCCACACAAUCUCUCCUGACUGGAAAAAAAAAAUUGUCGGGAGCUCGCACAACAGCCGAAAAUCGCUCUGUAUACAUCCGCCUUAAGACGAAUAUCAGUCAAUUUUGAUCGGUGCACCCCUAAAUGACACCAUUGAUUGUAUUGUGCACCUGCUUUUCUCAUUACUAAAUGCAGGGUCUGUCAGGACGAACCUUUGGGAAUCUGAGGCUGCAGUUUGGACAGAGACCAACUGAUUGUUUCACUCUGGCUUCAGCCAAUGAAAGCAGGAUUUACCACAGCCACUGUGUGAAGUUUAUUCUAAGCAGUCAGCUUGGGGUUUUAUUGACUGGUAUAAUGAACACUGUUUGUUAACAUUUAAAGGAACCAAAUGCAUUCUCUAUUUAAAGGACAGUCUAGAGGAGACAGGAUCAGCUCUUAUAUGUCGUGAGCGUGUAAACAUCACGCUGAACCGCAGUUCUGACCUCUUGAUCAUUUAAACUAGAGCAUAAGGAGAAACUAGGACCCCUUUAAUACGAUUGCAUAAUUAAGGCGCUGUAGACACAUUUUAAAAUGUGUAGUUGCAUAUGUUUAUUUUUGUUUUUAGGAGAUGUUUAAAUCUUGCAUAGCUAUAGAGACUCGCAAAGGUUCUGACCAUGAAACAGAUGAAUAUAAAGUGUACAAAAUGCAGCGGUUUGUAAAAGAGUUCAUUUACAAUAUUUGUUUGCAGUGUGUGUUUGUUUUUUGUUUUGUUUUUUCACUAUGGCCCUGACUAUAAAGAAUUGUUUGCUAAAAUUAUGAUUGUGUUAUACUGUAAGGUCUGAACUGUCUUUGCUCAAUGCGCAUCACUGCCCUCUACUGGUUAAUACAUGAUCAUCAGUGAUGUAAAAAGAAAGGGGUGUGAGAUUAAUGUUUUAGCAAAUUAUUUGUGAUCUUUGCUGAAUGUGAUUGUUGUUCUGCUAUACUUUUUUCUGUGCAAAAAAAUUCUUGAAUCUGCACUGCAUUUUCAGGUUUUUAAUUUUUGAUUGCUUUAUUCUAAUAAAAUGGGACCGUGCACUUAUAUUUUCACAAAUUUGGCACAUUUGAGCUUGUAUAUAGAAAAUGUUAUAUGGCAUGUACCAGUAAUACCCUGUAUGUAAAGUCCAAUUUUUUGGGUUUUAUCUUUAAUUUAAAACUAUUGUUAUAAUGGCACUUUACUACUCAGAAUUUGUGUGCAUGAAUUGUUGUUCCUUGAGAAAGUGUGAUCAGAAGUGAUAAGCUAAUAAGUUUAUUACGGACGUCAUUCGAUUACAUAUGCAACAAUCUCGCGGUCAUGCCAGCUAUUCUAAAACAGCAAUGUUCAAACUGACUUAUAAUAUAUCAGUGGGCUGAAAAGUUUUUCUAUUGAUUUGAUUUAACACACUGGGUAGAUCUGCUUUAGGAAUGGUUUGCCCACCCAAAAAUGAAAUGUAUGCCCUUAUUUACUCACCCUCAUGUUGUUCCAAACCUGUAUGCCUUUCCUUUUCCGUACUUUUGUCUUUUGUAGAAGAAAGAAUGUCAUGCAUAUUUGGCAUGUCAUGAGGGUGAGUAAAAAGAACUUUAUUUUUUGCAUUGGUGAACUAUUCCUUUAACCUUGCACUUGAAUGUAUCCAUGUCUGUCCUGAGCGUGAAACAGUAAACUUGUGUUACACACAUCAGAUUAUUAAAGUAGAAUGUCGAGGGUUUACUUUUGUUGUUGUUCUUGAUUUAUGUAGCAAUACUGGGUAGACAUAUGUCUUUGGCUAUGAAAUGACAGCCUGUUUCAAUACAAUAAUCUGUUUACAAGUAAAUAGAGAAACAAGGAUUCUCAAAUAACUACUGCAUUCAUACAAAGAUUUCAUUCAAAAAUGCAAAUACUAUACAAUGCAUAUCUUAUAUCACACAUACAAUAAAUGCUUCUUUGUAUGCUAGUGGUAAACGUUAAACCGCCGAUUGCUAUUUUCUUAGUAUGCAUCAAAAUUGUUCCUUUUCUGAAAUUUCAAUAGUGUGUCAGUUCAGAAUUGUGAAGGGCUUAAUUGUUUCCAGGAAUGGUUGGCAACAUGCUUGCAGACUCGGGGAAGAUAUUGUGAGCUGUGCAAUGUUUAUUAUCGCCCCUUUUGGUGAUGUGGUGCUAAAACAUCAUCUGUCCACAUUAAAUUGUUGAGGUCUUCUUGAACAUUCUAUUUCUGUGAAUUGUUCACACUUUGAGAGAAUGCAACGUAAUUUAAUUGUCUGUUCUUUUGAACGGAUUACAUCAGUGUGAAUUACAAUUAAUGUAUACGUGUGGGUUACUUGCAAAGUUUGUAUUUAAGUUGCUCAAUAUUGUUUUCUUCCUUUUCAGUACUUUUCAGGAUAUCUAUCAAAAGCUUGAAUGUAAAAUAAGAUGAUAAAUAAACAUCUUA